UCCAAUCUAAUCCCGAAUAUUUUGAUACUGAUCCACUCAGUUGAGAUCGAUUCCAAAUUUUAAAACCUUGAAAAUGGUAGAGGUCUGGGAUUUCGCAGCUUGAGCCAAACCGUUUGGUGCUCCAAUCAGAUCGUAUGAACUUAGAAUGGUAGGUAACCGUAAAAUACAUAUCCAACUCCUCGAAACGCAGGUAGAAGUAGUUUCUCACUCAUAAAUUUCCAAAGCAUGAGACACCAUCAACCAUGGGCCAGGGUAGUGACAUCACUUGGCCAUUGCCGCAAGGCAUCAUCAAUGACCAAGCUCGAGUCCCAAGUUGUCCUCAGAAGCUGUAGAGGAGUUGUUGGCACAGGAGCAGCCAGUGUCUAUGGGCUGGUGGGUUGGGAACCUGGAAGUCCAAGCUGCUAUGGUGUCCAUCUGGUGCUUCAAUUGCUGUCUCAAUCUUAAAUUUCAUGCUCAGUUUGGUGAGCCAGAUGUUCACUGGCCAUUUGGAUGCCAUGGAGUUUGUUGGUGCUUCCAUUGCCAAUGUUGGAAUUCAAGGUCUUCCUCAUGGGAUCAUAGGAUUUAUAUACUUUUGAGCCCAUCUUGCAAGGAAACUUGGACAGGGUUCUCAAUGAAGGCAUUUAAGGGGUUGUGGUCGUACUUGAAGCUGACACUUGCAUCUGCUGUUAUGCUGUGCUUGGAGAUAUGGUACAACCAGGGGAUUGUGCUUAUAUGAGGACUGCUCCCUAAUCCUACUAUCUCACUUGACUCUGUUUCCAUUUGGUAUGUUCAUGGCCUUCAUUAUGCAUUCUCUCAUAGAUCUCUUAUGUUACCAUAUGCUUCCAAAGAUGGCUCUUUCUGUUUGGGGUAUUAUUUAAAUAACUCAAUAAAUUAUCUACUUACAUUUAUUUUAUUUUAUUUUAUUUUUUUUGAAAAUUUCAGCAUGAGCUACCUAAACUGGGACAUGCAGUUUAUGUUAGGCCUAAGUAGAGGAGCCAGCUUUGUGACACUAUGUCUGUUUAAACCUCACAG